AUGGAGGAGGGGGACUCCGAGGGGGAGGGGCCCAUGGCGCCGAGGGAGGGGCCAAGCGGUCCCAGCCUCCAGUCUGCCCCGAGCACUGCCACCGUGACCACCACCACCAACCUGCUGGCGUCCGUCAAAGAGCAGGAGCUGCAGUUUGAGCGGCUGACCCGAGAGCUGGAGGAGGAGAGGCAGAUGGUGGCCAGUCAGCUGGAGAGGUGCAUGCUGGGAGCAGAGUCCCCCGCUGCAGACAGCAGCAGCUCCUCAGAGAAGUCAUUUGCAUGGAGGACAGCAGGAGGCCAGUCCCAGGGGCCCAUGGAGGCCCUGGGGAGCCCAGGAGCAGCUGCAGAGCCAGAGGAGGCUCUGUUCCUGCCUGAUCCAGACCGCGGCUCUCUGCAUGACAGUGAUGGCUCCGGGGGACACUCGGCCCACAUGACCUCAUACUCAGACAGUGGGUACCAGGACAGCUUCUACAGCCAGACUGUGGUGCGCUCUGUGUCCCGCAGCCCCCGAGCCGAGGGACAGGCCUCUGCACAGGGUUCUGGACGUGUCCUCAGGAGGAUGUCCUCAGUCCCGUCCAGGGGCCAGUCUCCGGGCUGUGGUCCUGUGUCUCCGUCCCGGUCUCUGCGGACCUCCCAGGGCAGCACCUACGACUCACCCAUCCUGUCUGAGCCCAAACCUCUGUCUGCAGUGUUCCCGGGGACCACCAUGCCCCCCUCUUGUCCCUCACCCCCCUCCCCCGGAGACCCUGUCCUGGGCUCAGGGGCCCGGCUGGGCUCUACUUUGUCUCUGGUGGAGGGCAGGCUGGGGUCCCCUCUGCGCUCCGGGAUGACGGCAGUGCCCCAGCACUACACGUCCACUCUCCCCCGACAGAGCCAGUCUCUGGCCUACGGAGCUGACCCCUACGGACUGUACCAGCACCACGCUCUUCCCCGGCCCGACAGCCUCAUUGGCCUCCACAGCUCCUAUGGGGCCCACACUGCUCAGAUGGACCCAGAGCUGAGGGCCGCUCUGUCCCCUGACUGUCCCAUGACCCCAGUGUUUGACGAGAGAGCCUUCCAGAGCCCCCUGUACCACAGCCCAGGCCAUGACCCACAGGGCUCCCUCUACAGGAACAACACAGGUCUGGAGACCCUCCCCAGGGCCAGCAGCCAUGCUGGGACCCUCCCCCACAGUGGGACCCUGCCCUACAGGGGCAGUAGCUAUGGCCUGAGUUCUGGGGGAGUUUACGUGGACACAUUCAGAGAGCCAUACUCACAGAGACUGUCAGGGCUGGACCGAGGAGCCACUCGCACUCCCAGCAUUGAGAGCAUCCACAAGGACCCCCGGGAGCUGGCGUGGAGAGACCCGGAGCUCCCUGAGGUCAUCCACAUGCUGCAGCACCACUUCCCCUCAGUACAGGCCAACGCUGCAGCCUACCUCCAGCACCUGUGCUACGGGGACAACCGCGUCAAGAUGGAGGUUUGUCACUUGGGGGGUAUUCAGCACCUGGUGGACCUGCUGGAUCAUAAGGUAUCGGAAGUGCAGAAGAGCGCGUGUGGGGCCCUCAGGAACCUGGUGUAUGGGAAGGCCACAGACAACAACAAGGUGGCCCUAAGAAACUGUGGGGGGGUCCCCGCUCUGCUGCGCCUGCUCAGGAAGACCACAGACAACGAAGUCCGCGAGCUCGUCACAGGUGUCCUUUGGAACCUGUCCUCCUGUGACGCGGUGAAGAUGACCAUCAUCCGAGAUGCUCUGUCCACUCUGACCAACACGGUGGUCAUCCCUCACUCGGGCUGGAGCAGCUCCGCCCACCGGGACCAGCAGACCAGGGGCCGCUUCCAGUCCUCCCUGCUGCUGCGCAACACCACCGGCUGCCUCAGGAACCUGAGCUCAGCGGGGGAGGAGGCGAGGAGCCAGCUGCGCAGCUGCGAGGGGCUGGUGGACUCCCUGCUGCAGGUGCUGCGGGCCUGCAGCAACACCACAGACUAUGACAGCAAGAUCGUGGAGAACAGCGUGUGCACCCUGAGAAACCUGUCGUACCGUCUGGAGGUGGAGAUGCCCUCGUCACGUCUCAUGGGCAGCCCGGAGCUGGACACUCUGCUGGGCUUCUCCCCGGUCAGAGAGCUGGACUACCUGUGCUGGGGCCGUAGGAGGAGGGGCCGCCAGAGGGGGGGCUGGCCCGACGAUAAGUUUGAUGGCGUGGGACCCCUUCCAGGUUUGUCUCAGCCUCUGCGGGGGGCUGAGCUGCUGUGGCAUCCCCUGGUGGUGAAGCCCUACCUGAACCUGCUGGCCGAGAGCUCCAACCCGGCCACUCUGGAGGGGGCAGCAGGGGCGCUCCAGAACCUGUCCGCUGGCAACUGGAAGUUCUCGGCGUACAUCCGCGCGGCCGUGCGUAAGGAAAAGGGGCUGCCCAUCCUGGUGGAGCUGCUGAGGAUGGACAACGACCGCGUGGUGUGCUCUGUGGCCACCGCCCUGAGGAACAUGGCUCUGGACGCCCGCAACAAGGAGCUCAUCGGGAAGUACGCCAUGCGGGACCUGGUGAAUCGGCUCCCUGGCACCGCACCCUCUGCUUUGUGUGACGACACGCUGGCCUCCGUCUGCUGCACGCUGCACGAGGUCACCAGCCGCAACGUGGACAAUGCCAAAGCCCUGGCCGACUGCGGAGGCAUCGAGAGGCUGGUGGACAUCAGCAAGGGCCGAGGCAAAGGGUAUUCAGUGAAGGUGGUGAAGGCGGCGGCGCAGGUGCUGAAUACUCUAUGGCAGUACAGAGAACUUCGGGGCCUCUACAAACAGGACGGAUGGAACUACACCCACUUCGUCACCCCCAUCUCCACCCUGGAACGAGACCGGUACCGCUCACAGCCCACCCUGCCCACAAGCCCCCUGCACAUCACCCCUGUGGUCCAAUCAGGGGGCAGUGCCACAUCAUCUCCGGCGAUGCUCGGGAUCAGAAGACACAGUUCGAACUACCAGAGGGCACAAUCUAUGCAACUGGACUCCUAUUAUACAGACAACAGCCUGCACAAGCACCACUACACAGGUUCUGAGCAGAAAACCCCUUACUUCAUUGGAACAUACUCAUCUCAGUCUGGAGAGGACCUGCGGCGCUCCCAGAACCCGGAGCUGUUCUUUGACGAGCCAGGCCGUAAGAACUACAACAGCUACAGAAUGUACCUGUCGUCUCCUCAGGGCUUCGCCGAGGACAUGGAGGACGAGCCGGUGCCCCUGAGCCCCUGCACCUCCCCCGACUACCGCACCCUGCCCUUCAAAGCCAACACCAACUACGUGGACUUCUACUCCACCACGCGGAGGCCUUCACACCGCGCCAACAAGUUCACCGGCUCCCCUGACUCCUGGGUGUGA